UAAGGAGCGACUCACGGCAUAAAACCCAAGCAAGGUCUUUCAUUUUUGGUAUCUCAGUCCAUAUUCUCAAAUUUGUUAGUAAAAUUAUCUGAAGAAUGGCCAUUAACACUGAAUGUACUUCUCCUCCUCCUCCUCCUCCUCGGAUCGGCAAGAUCGGCCCAUACACGGUUUUCAUGACCCCUCCAGCCACCCCCAAGUCCGGUUCUACCGAGCUAUCACCACCCCCAGUUCAGCCGCAACCGGUUCAGACACCAGCGGUUCAGGUGGUCGACAAGUCAUGUCCGGUUUGGUCUCCCCCAAUGCAGUAUGAUAAACCCUCUCAGUCCUCUUUUGGGUUUUUCUGGAACGCUGUCGCUAAAGUUCAAAAUGCUCAUGCGAGUUUGGAUGAACAAGUGGCAUACUGGUUUGGGUUGAAUCAGUCAAAGUAUCAGUGGGCAUUAGAUGAUUACUAUGAAAGCAAAAAUAUUAACCAGGCUGAAGAAAAGGCAAAAGUUGUAGCUAGCAAAUUAGAGAAUGUAUGAUAUGCAAAAGGAGAAGCUAUAAAAUCUUGGCAGGAUGUCUAUUUGUUUCCUCUUGUUGCUUCUAGUGCUAUUCCUGCACGGUAUGCCAAUAUAUAUAUAUUUGUGUGAUUGUCACACAUUUUUAGCUGCUAUGGUGCAGCAGCCUAACAAUGCUGUGUUGUGAAGUUAUUGAUGUUAUCUUUUACAAUAUAUAUCCAUGUACUUUUGUUAGUGGUAGAAAGUUUCUUUCAGAUUA